CUGCAGCGCUCACCAGAGCCCCCACCGGGCCCCUGAACCCCCAAUCCCGGCAGCAGAGACAGCACCAGUGGCUGGCGUGAACGUGGUGGUGGUGGUGGACGGGAGCUCCCCCCCACCGCCGGGCCCCCCCCUCUCCCGCCGGGCCCGAGGCCUGGGCGUCCGCUGCUGCGCUGAGUUUUGCCUGGGGGAGGAAGAGGAGCGGGCGGAGCGGAGACCCCGCCACCAGGGGGCGCCUCCCCGCCGCGCCCCCCCGCCCGGCCGGCUGACGCCGGUGCCCCUGCCCCGCAGCGCCACGGGGCCCUGGUUUACGGUGGAGGCGCCGGAGGACGGUGGACCCGGGGCCCAGGUGGCCAGGAUCUGGGACCGGGGUCGCUGCCCCCUGCUGGAGGAGGGCGACCUCGUGGCCAAAGUGAACGGGGCCGACGUGAGGGGCCUCGGGCCCCGGGAGGUGGAGAACGUCCUGCAGCAGCACACGCGGGCCGGGGACGUCAUCCUGCUGGUGGAGCGGAGAGGUCCUGGACUCCGCCAGCCCCCUCUGGAGCCCCUGUUCUCCAUCCCCUCCCCCUGCCGGGAUCCCCCCCGGGUGGGGGGGCCCCGGGGCUCUUGGGGGGGUCCCAGCGGGGAUACCCUGGCCGUCACCAGCUUUGUGGGGCCUGAACCCAGGGACGUGCUGCUGUGCCCGGCCCGCUGCCGCGGGGGGGAGGCCCGGAGGCCGCGACGCCCCCAGCCCGCAGGGGGCCCCAGGGAGCUGGGGGGCAGCAUGGCCCCGGACAGCGCCGGGAGAGCAGCUCCCAAAGGGUUAACCCCCCCACGCCCACAUUCCCCCCCCCCACGCCCCAGUGUCCUUGACUUUCUCAGCCCAGCUUGUUUGUCCUGGAAACUCCUCGGGGACGAAGGCGGCCGAGCUGGGGGGCCCGUGGACACCCCGCCCCACGCCUGUGCUCCCCCAGGAACCAGGGGGCUCCCCCCGCCGCCCCACGGCCGGCCAUGCUGCAAAGGGUCCAGUCCGUGCUGCGAAACGUCCAGGACAGGCUGGUGCCCGGGCCCAGCGGCGACCCCCCCCGGCGGGAAGCGUCCAGAGGACGGGGGGCUCCUGGCCCGCUUCUCCCACCCUGAACUCGGGGGCCUCUUUCGCCAGGCGGGGGCCAAGGUCCGGUUGCGAAUGCUGCCCCCACCCAGGGACGCAGCUGCCUCCAGCGACCUGGACGGGGCCGACAUCCAGGUGGAGGAGGGAGCCGGGAGGCCGGGGUGCCGGCUGCCCCAACCACAGUGUCUGUCGGCCCCCCAGGACCCCCCCAGCUACUCGGUGGAGCUGCUGCGUGGCCCCCUUGGCUUCGGGUUCAGCCUGCGGGGAGGCAGUGAAUACAACAUGGACAUCUACGUGCUGGGGCUGCUGGAGGGGGGGCCGGCCCAGCAGAGCGGCAAGAUACAGGUGAGCGACCAGCUGGUGGAGAUCAAUGGGGAGCCCACGCUGGGCAUGACGCACGCCCGGGCCGUGGAGCAGAUCCGCCGGGGGGGCAGCCGCAUCCGCCUGGUGCUCAGGAAAGGCGACGGCUUCGUCCCUGACUACGACCGUGAGCACAUCCCCAGCCCCGCCGGGCGGGACCGGAUGCCAGAGGGUGGAUCGGCACCACACGGCUGGAGAGCAGACACGGGCGAGAGGUCUCCAUGCUGGGGACGGGACGCCAGGUCCUGCCUGGAGGCUUCUCCCAGCAGUGCUGAGCGAGGAUCCCACCGCUGCCACCAACGCGGGUCCCGGGACCAUCGGGGCGCAGAGCAGGGCUGGCCAGCAUCGGGGAAGGAGGCAGAAGCGGAGGCCAGGAAGGGAGAGAGCGGGUCCCUCUCCCCCCAGAGGGAGCAGGUCUGGAGGGGCCUCUCGGAACCAGCCCCUGGGCCCUGGCUGGUGCCCAGCAAGGAGCGCCUCUCGCGGGCCCUGAGGGGCGUCUGCAUGGGGGAGGCAGAGGAUGACGAAGGGGGCAGCCUGGGGCGGGGCAAAGGCGGAGAGGUGAGAAGGAGGACCUAGUCCAGCCCCGCCCAGCUCAGGAUGUUCUCAGUGCCUGGGAGAGUCCACCCACCCCUCAUCUGGAUGUGCAAUGGUACCUUCCAUUCUCCUCACCACCCCUUCAACCAGGGCCCAGCUAUGUAGUGGUACUCUCCACUCUUGUUCCCCUCCCCAUUUUGACUAAUGGUACUGUCUAAUCUACUCAGAGUGGUACCUGCCAUUUCUUCCUCCCCCUCCCCCCAUCAGCUAUGCAGUGGUAUAAUCCUCUCCUGUCCCCUACCCUCUGGGUUGUGAAAUGGUACCUUCCAUUCGUCUUGUGUGUGUCUCCCCCCCCCUGCCAUUCAAUGAAUGGUACUUUCCUCUCUCCCCUCCCCCAUUCACAAUCUGCACUGAUACCUUCUACUCUGCUGGUACCCUUCCCCCCACUAGUCUGUGCAAUGGUGCUGUCCACUAGUGCCCUCUUUGGCAAUGGUAUUGUCCACUGGUAAUUUUGCAUACCCCAUGUCAGCAUUGCAAUGGUAUUGUCCACUCUACCUUGCCAACACUCUUCACAGAGCCACACAUGGACUGACCCAUUCCAUGGAGGGGGAGGAAAUUGAGCUAAUCCAUUCCAUCGUGGGGGGGGGGGGAGAGGAGAGACACUCCCUGCAUAGAGCAAUGUCAGAUGGACUGAUCCAUAGGAGGUGGGAGCCACCAGAUGUGGCUUGAUCCACUCCAUCGAUGGGGGUGUGUGUGUGGAAUGGGCCGAUCCAUUCCACCAAAAGGAGGGUGAGUGCUCUAGCACAGCUCAAAGACACACGCAGACUGAUCCAUUCCAUGGGGGGGGGGCGGAAUGGACCCAACCAUUCCCUUGAGGUGGGAGAAUCACCAAGGGCCAAACCAUUUCAUGGAGCAAGGAGAAAUAGACCAAUCCAUUACAGGCUCACAUGUGGACGGAUCCAUUCUGUGCGGCAGUGGGGGGGGGGGAAUCACAGACGACCUAUUCCAUGGAGGGAGGAGGAAUGGAUCGAGGUGUGGGGGAGAUGGGAAAUGAUUGGAUCUGCUCCAGAACGGGUCCUGUCCCAGGGGAUGGGAGGUGUGGGGGGGGGGUCACGGUCUCGCAUUAAGAUGCUGCAGUUGCCUUGGUUUCUGUCUCCAUGGGGACAGUCUUUAUUUAAAAUGAACAGAAACUCUCUUCCCGGCAGCGAAUAAAAAGAAAAAACCCAAAGGGG